AUGCUUAGGCUGUAUGAAGGAACAAUCUUUCUUCCAAGUAGCCCUCCAGAGUGUACCUUCGUCCAAAUAAUACACCGAAAAACAACCAGGAUUCUCCCAGGAGAAAAGUACAAUAUACCUGUAUGCCUUGGCUGCCAAGCGGUGUUCGACAACCUUUACAUCCAUACAGGAAGCCCAAGCCUCAUGACUGUGAAUUACAUACAGACUUACGUGUCCAAGAAGAGGCAGGGAAUACUGUCAUACAGGGAAUUCCAGGAUAUCGAGGUCACAAGAGAAAAGGUACUGAAAUCAGAGAUAUACGAGGUGCAUCCCCCGUUUACCAUUAGAGAAUACUUUGACGGAACGUUUCUAUUUCUCAAGCUAGAAGAACUGUUUGGGGAGGAGGAGAUUAGGAGGUACGAGGUGUACAGCGAGAGGAACGAGCGUGUGGAAGAGAAGGGAUCUGUCUAUAGGAUAUAUCCAGACAGAAGGUAUGAUCAGGAGUACGUCAUUUUUGGAGAGGGGUUUGUAUAUAGGUUUGAGCCAAGAUGUGUUGCUGCAUGCCCAUUUUACUUUAAGUUCUGGAGGGCCGAGGAAACAAUAUACUUUGUUGCAAAGCCAAAAAACACUGUCUUGAAGGUGGAAUGCCCAGAGCUUGUGUCGUCUGACACAUCAAGUGGCACAAUAAGCCUCCCGUUCGAUCAAUUCGACGAGCAGGGCGGGUUCCUGUGCGUCGGAGACUACAGACUUGGAUACUCUUCCGAAUUCUACAAGGAGCAUGGCAUGCACUAG